CUACACCACUGAAGAAGAGCGCUUUGUUGGAGAAAGGCUUGAGUCGCGGCUUGCAACGUUGAGCUCGUGUUAAUUUGAUUGUUUUGAUAUUUACCCCGCAGGACAUCAGCUGUAACGUUAGCUAAAUUGUUAACGUGUAGUUCGCGUGCAGUAUAUUAUAUUGUGUGAACUACCUAGCUAAGCUUAAUUUUAUCGUGUGUUCGGCCGGACCUGUUUAGCCAGCUUGCUAACUUCCUUAGCUAACGUUAACUGUUAUUGUUAGCUAGUUUUGUGCUAACAUGUCUGGCGGAGGUAUAGUUCGAGGACCGGCAGGGAGCAACGACUGUAGGAUAUAUGUUGGGAAUCUCCCUCCCGACAUCCGCUCAAAGGACGUCGAAGACUUAUUUUAUAAAUAUGGAGCCAUCCGUGAUAUUGAUCUGAAAAAUCGAAGAGGAGGACCACCGUUUGCCUUCGUGCAGUUCGAGGACCCGAGGGAUUCUGAGGAUGCUGUCUAUGGCCGCGAUGGUUACGACUAUGAUGGUUACCGCCUGCGUGUUGAGUUUCCUAGAAGUGGACGGGGAGGUGGAGGAGGAGGUGGUGGUGGUGGUGGUGGAGGACCAAUGGGACCCCAAAGGGGAAGGCAUGGCCCGCCUUCCCGACGUUCAGAGUACAGGGUUGUUGUAUCAGGUCUUCCUUCCAGUGGAAGCUGGCAGGACCUGAAGGAUCACAUGCGAGAAGCAGGUGAUGUAUGCUAUGCUGAUGUGUACCGUGAUGGCACCGGGGUGGUGGAGUUUGUACGCAAAGAGGACAUGACCUACGCUGUCCGUCAAUUGGAUAACACCAAGUUUCGCUCUCAUGAGGGAGAGACGGCCUACAUUCGUGUAAAGGUGGAUGGUCCUCGCAGCCCCAGCUAUGGUCGUUCUCGCUCUCGUAGCCGAAGUCGAAGCAAGAGCGGGUCACGUCGCAGCAGAGGGUCUCCACGUUACUCUCCUCGGCGUUCCCGCUCCCGCUCCCGUUCCCGCUCCUAGAUCCACCUUAACUAAAGCAGAGAGGAAAUCUUCACAUCACUCAACAAAUCCUGUAUACUCACCACGGAUCAUCUCAUGUUACCCGUUUACACUGUCUUCUUGUGUGUUCCCUGUUCCCCCACUCUUUGUUGCAGUUUUAUUUUUUUAUUUUGUACAAGGCCCCAUUUCACUCUUUCAUUUUUCCUUUUCCCCUUCUCAUCAAAAAUCUGUUUUCUGCUAACCAUCUCUCACCCCUCUAUACCUUUUCUCCUACUUGUCCUCCGCUUUGUUUUGUUUGGAACAUUUUUACUUCUUUUAAGCAUAUACUACUGUUCUUUGACCCUCUUGUGUGUCUCUCUGUAGAGUUCAGAGGAACAGGAUAGGAUGGGAACAGAGGAAACAGUUCAUAUUAAGAUAAACAGGAGGAGGAGUCAAAUAUGGCACCAAUGGUAUGAUGGCUGUGCCUUGUCAACUGUGAAAUCUGCAUUAUAAGGCUGUUCAGUUUUUUUACAUACACUUGACAAUAGAGUGCCGCUGUUGAAUGUUUUCAGUUGUAACAGGUUCUGUAUACCACUUUGUAAUUGGAGACCCAAAGCUUGUGUUUAUUUUUGCUUUUGCUUGUCUUUUAGUCCUCAAAAGUAAAUUUUAGUUUUUUGGGGACUGAUUUAUAGAUGGUGUUCCCUUUUUGUCUCAAAGUAAACUCCCUGGUAGAUGCAUUUUACAUUUAUUAUAGUAUUUUCUGAAGGUGUGAUUCUAACUUGCCUCCUUCUCUUUGGUUCUGCUGGUAUUCUGAAGGUUUGGACUGGGCUCAUUGUCCCCCCAUUUCGGAGCUGGAUCAGGAUUCAGGAUCAGAUCAGGAUUAGGAUUAGGCUUCAGGAUGGAUACAUGGAUCAGGAGCAUGGGAGCAUUUUACCGGGAGAGGAUCCUGACCCCCGGCCCUGUCCACAUAACCCCAUCAAACCGGAAAUUCUGAAAUAUUCAAAACUAAAUUGGCUUUCAAAUAAUCCAAAUUUUAUUUUUUAUUUUUCAUUUUGUGUGGGACCUCAGAGACACAGUUACUGACGGCACUGUGAGGAGCGAUUUAUUUUUGUUUUUCAAAAUUAUAAAAGAAGAGCAAAGCUCCGCUCAAAACCAGGAGGAGGGCUGGGAGGUGCAGGAUGGAUCCACACGCUUAAGGAGAGUGGUAAAUAGAGAGCGACCAUUACCGUGGAGGAGGGAGGGAAGAGGGAGGACUGGGAUACGACAAGGGAAUGUGACCUUAAUGCGGUUUGUAUCUUUUUCUUAGGUCAGUCUUUUGCUGCAGAGGAUGAUUUCUGAUUUUCCUAAGUACAAUCUCCAGUAUUCUAAAGCUUUAUUCUCUUUUAAUAAAACUUUCAAUAACA